UUAUUGCUGUUUCGCCAGUUGUUUGGUUUACACCCAGAGUGGCUGCUGGCCUCAGCCUUUAUUUCCCAUUUUUCUCCAGUACAAAACCAUGGUCGCCUUCGGCGAGCAACUCGUUCGCGACCGGGUGAUCGAGUGGCGCGCCUACUACGUGAGCUAUGAGGUGCUCAAGGAUUACAUCAGCGAGAUGGUCCGCGACCUCUCCUACCACGAGCGGUUUCUUCAGGAACUCGGCAACAACAUUUUACGGUUCACCAGAUUUUACGAGCACCAAGAAGCCCGGCUUUUGGACAGUGUCGCGAAAUGGGCACGGGUGCUGGAGCGGUCAGGUGGUGCCCCCGCAGGUGGGAGGACACCACAAACUUCGGCGCUAGUUGGGAAUAAUGUUCUUGCAAAGGAGCAAGGAGAACGAAAGCUGCGUGAUCGAGAUCAUGAUGGCGCAACAAGGGAGACCGGAAUUCCUCACCUUGCCGCGACCUCGACUUCUACCAAUGUCAAUGUGGUCCCAGUAGUUUCGGCAAAUCAUGAACCUGUUCAAGACCAAGAACAUGAUCAUUCUGAAAAGCGACCGCACUCGUCAUCCACCACUCGUGGGACUGGUGCACCACCAGGAGUUGCGGAUGCGGAUUAUCUCUAUCUCUCCUCCAACGAAGAUCCGCAUCAUCACACCGGUGGUUACAACAACUUCGAGACGCUUCGCUCCUCCGGUACUACGACCCAUGAUGAUGGUACUACAACGCUCCUCGGCCGGUCCUCCAGCGAGCGCCGACGUGGCGCGGACGAGUUCGGCGCCCUGGGCAGCGCACUGACGGUCACCAGCAGUGUGAUGUUGCCUCCGCGGGGGAGCAAUGUGAGCGUGGAGGAGGGGGUUUUUGCUGCAGAGAACAAUCAGAAUAAAAGACCCUCCACAUCACACGAACUCUCCCGUGCGCGCAGCGGUAGUGUUGUUUUGGCGAACUACUACCACGACGAAGUGAGGAACAAUAACGGCAACGAUACAAAUUUUUCAAUGUCGUAUAGCACGUCUGUUGGUGCAGGGUCAUUUUCCAGCUCGAAAGUGAAAGCAGCCACGAACGGUUUCUUCCGUUUUUCCCCGAAAGACCUCGAGGCCGCGCGACGAGCCGGGCACGAGCUUGGCGCAAAAAUUGAUCGGCUGAUCAAGUUUGCGGAGACAAACUGCACCGCGGUGCGAAAGAUCUUGAAGAAAUUCGACAAGGAAAUCGCGAGAAGGGAGCAUUUGAAAGUCCUCGCGGUGCGGAGGCAAGCGCAAACGGAACAAGUCGCGAUCACGAAUGUUGGUGGUAGAGCAGGUAGCAGUGCAGCCGGCACACAAGAAGUAGAGCAUCUUAGCAUUGCAGACAUGGGCUCAUCGUCCCAACUGGCUGCGGUUCCAGCAAUUCAAGGUGUUGAGAAUCCCACCGGUAGUGUAGUAGGAGCGCUGUCCAUAAUGCCGACGGAUAGCAGCGAAAGCGGUUUCGAUCGGGACCUUUUUGAAGACAGUAAACAUGACGGGGACAACAUCAUCAACGACAAGAAAGAGAAACAAUUGAAGACCAGCAAAAGCAAGCUUGUCAGCCUCCAGAAAGACGUCCUGGACGCUUUGAGCAAGACAGCGAUUGGGUGCGCGAAACAGCGGUUGUUUCCACUCAAAGAGCUUGUUCAAUCUGUUCCCUCCGCCGCAAGGUUGUUUCUCAACAAUGGUGCUGGAGAGUACAACAUCAGAAAUAACCCAAACCACCGCAAGACGGGCAUGCGAACGCCGACAGAAAUUGGUAAAGGAGCGGCGAAGAAGGUUUUCGACAAACUGAAAGACCGGUUUACUACCACGUCGAAGCGUCCCAGUUUUCCGCGGCCGUCGAAUCAAAUCGAAGACGCGACAGGGGCAGGAGAAGGGCCCCGGGCGCCGUUGGUUCCCAAUGACUCACUGGGGAACUUGUCUUCAAAUGGCUUGUUGCUCAACAAUUUUUAUGCAGAAGCUGGAGCUGCAGGAGAAAAGAUUCUGAGCAAAAACGACGCCAACGUGCUGCCACGAAAACGUAAUUCUAAUCCGGGCACAGAGUCACCCGCUUCAGAUCGGGCUGGGGCAGCCGAAAUCCCUCCACUUCUCGAGCGGGCCUCGACGAUGGAUUUGGCUGCAAUCGCAACUACUCUGGAGCAGGCAGAUGUUGACCAAGGUCCUCAACCGCAUGGAGGAGGUCCCGCUGGUGGUGUCCCGCAAUUGACCUUGCUAGCACAAAAAACGACGAGUCUGAUGACAUCGCUACGGUUGUCGACCCAAACCAUUACAGUGCCCGGUGGUAGUACAACCGUUCCGGGAACGCCAACAGUCGGCCAGCCAGGAUAUCAUCAAGGGAGUAGUACAAUGAUGAGCAAACUGGUAAACAACAACAGCAGUAGCAACAAUAACGGCGUCAACAACCUCCUUCAAACCAUUCCUCCUGACGCAACAACAUCAACUACGAGCAAGAAACCGAAAGUCGGCACCACCGGCGCACAGAUUGCAAAACUGCUGGAGAAGUGGCACUGGCGGCCGCCGACGCGGGACCCGCGCUCGCAGUUUGCGGUAAAUGACCAGAUCUUACCAGAUUUUCAAAUCGCGGAUAUGCCAGACGAGGAUGAGGUGGACCAACAGAUUCUUCCGCAAGGUUCCACUGACUUUACAGAUGCUCUUGAAGGAGUGGAGCUGUACAAUCAACAAGAAAUCAUGACAAGAAGGAGAGCACGCGCCGGCGAAGUCCUGUUGUACCAGGAAUCUGUGCUGACCGAUGAGGAGUAUGGUGCUGGUGACCAGAUAGAGUUCUUGUCAACAAGCAGUUGUACUUAUUUCCUCUCCUCCACCGUACAGGAUUUGUUUCUCAACGUAAUCCUCUCCAUCGACGUUCUUUUCCCCAUCAUGGCUGCGAUUCUCUGUUUCGUUGGCUGGCAAAACGACUUGUGCAAAUUAUUUGUCGAAGAUGCCGACUUUGUCGCCAUUCCCGGUGAAGAGCCACUCGACCCCGAAGACAAAAAUCUGCCCAUUCCCUCCUGGAAGCCCUGGCUGACGAUUUGGACCACCGCGGUGGUUCUGCGUCUACUCGUCACCGGCUGGCCCUCGGACGGCACGCUGAUUUUCGCAACGCUGUGGCUCUGCCUCGUCGGGGUGCUGGACUUGGAGCAAGCGUGGGCGGGAUUUUCGAACAAUGUGGUUCUGUCCGUCGCGGUUUUGGGUGUCGUGGCGCAGGGGGUGGAGCAAACGGGCAGCGUGGAGCGGAUUUUUUCCACCGUGUUGGGGAAUCCGAAGGGAAAGUUCAAGGAAGCCACUCUACGGCUGUUACUUCCCGCAAUCGUUCUCAACGUCGGGAUGAGCAACACGGCGGUGAUGUCGAUUUUGACGCCGAUACUGGAAAAGUGGAGCCAGCAAAUCGGGAUCAGUAAGAACAUGUUUCUGAUGCCAUUGUCCUACGUGUUGUUGAUUUCCGGAACGGUUGCGAUUUUCGCAACUUCGUCGAAUUUGAUCGCGCAGGGUCUGAUGAUCGAGCACAACCAGAAGCCCUUCGGCACCUUCGAGAUCGCGCCGGUCGCGCUGUGCUCCACCGCGGUGACCCUGCUCGCGGUGUUACUAUUGAUGGAGAAGCUCUUCCCGGAUUUGGCAGAGGUUGAGUGCGACGACGACGCUGGAACGUCGAGUUUUGCUGUGGAAGACGACGACGCUGCGACCCAGAUGCUAACGCCGUCGGAUUAUUUGAAAACGCCAGCGGGGGAUCAUCUGAUGGCCGCGGCGGAACAACAGGAGGAGGCCCGGCGGGUAGGUGUGGUUGCCGCUACGGCGGGACCACAGUUGCAGCAGCCACUACUUGAUAACAGCAUGGCAGCCGGCGUUGACGCAUUCUUCAAGAGCUCCGGUACAGCUACGAAAGGAGACACGACUACCUCUAAUAAGCGGGACGAGACCGCGAGCAUUUCGAAACCCGCUGCAAAGCAGGUGGAGAAGCAUUCAACUGCCAGCCACGGAGGAGCUGCAGCAGCGCCACCACCUCCACCGCGUGAGCGGAAAGACACGAAGCGAUUUUUGCUCUCAGUGCAGAUGUCCUCCCCCGAGUACCUUGGGAAAACGCUGGCAGAGUGCGAUUUCCUGAAAUCGGUGAACGAGGUCAUCCAGGUCGAGAGGCUGGGGCAGAAGGUGAAUUUUAGUAAUACCACCACCGGCGCGUCAUCUAGUGCGUUGAAUACAGGACAACUGCAGCAGCACACCGCCGGGGCCGGGGGCGUUUCAACUGCCGGCACGGUGGGCGUUUCCCCCACGACAGAAACGACCCAACAGCAAUCGUCUUUUACUUUCCAGUACUACGACAUUGUGCACAUGUACACCUCCGCCGCGCAGGUUGUCGCGAUCCACCGCAACGCGGGCUUGCACGUGCUCUGCCGCGACGUCGGCGACCCGGUGGUCCACAGACUCGCGGACUCCAUGGAAAUCGCGGAAAUCGUCCUCGAUGCCGCCUGCCCGCUGUUGCAACAGCCCAUGUGCAGCGACCAGGUCCGGCGGAACUACGGUGCCAAGGUGUUGGCCGUGCGACCACUCUACCUAACCGAGUCCCUCCGCGGCGCCCUGUUCGGCCCGACACCGGACAAAACGAAAAUCGCGAAGGCGGUGCAGGAAUUCGCCGCGAUGGAGCUGAAGGGCCGGAAGUUCCAGCUGGGCGACACGCUUCUCGUGCUAGCCCGGGAGGGGUUUGCGGAGCGGCAUGUCGGGUCGUCCGAGUUUUUCGGCGUUCGGGCACUGUACCAGCCGAGCUUGGACGGCGGGAUUGAGUCCUCGACGAGUUUGGAAAAAAAAGCGAAAAAGGAACAAAAGCGGAAGAGCACCAGUGCGGGUCGGACGAGUCAAGUAAAGAAUCUUGUUCACGCAGGCGGUGGCCGGGUGGACGAGAGCAAAAAUGUUGAGCAGGGUAGUUAUAACAAGGUGAAGCUGAAAGGCGACCUCCUCGCGGAGGACAAGCUGGACGAGAGGAAUGAAAAUCAGGCGCACGACCCAACAUCCGACGCAGGAGCCCUAGAAGUGAAGCACUCCGCAUCUUCCUUGGAGAAUCUGCAGCAACUUGAGCAGGCGGGUGAAGAUUUUUCUGUAUCGACUUCGAAACAGCCCUCGCUGCUGGCGAGAAUUCGCACCUUCUUCGACGACGAGCGACAGCAGAAACAAGCCGCGUCUCUGUUGAUUUUAGCAGUUAUGAUCCUCUCCGUCUCCACCGACACAAUCCCGCUUUUGUCCGCGUCCAUGGCGGCGGCUUACGCGUUGGUCGCGACGAAGUGUUUGUCGAAAGAUCAGGCGAUCGCGGCCGUCAAACUCCGGACGGUUCUUACCAUCGUCGGCGCUUUCGGGUUGGGCGACGCGAUUGGACGGACGAAGGUCGCGUUGCUGGUUGCCUCCGGAGUGACGACGGCACUUUCCCCGUUCGGGGAAACCGGGCUCUUGAUCGGGAUUUAUCUGGUCACCGUCCUGCUCGGAAUCGUCUUUCACGCGACGGCCGUCGUGAUUCUCAUCUUCCCGGUGUGCUUGGACGCGGCGCAAAGCCUAGGCGUUUCCGUUCACCGAGCGGUCACGAUUCUGAUGAUUGGGGCGGGGUGCCAAAUGCUGUCCCCGGUGUCGUACCAGACAAAUUUGAUGGCGUUCGCGGCGGGCGGGUACUCGUUCAAUGAUUUUCCAAGGUUAGGCCUUCCGAUCGUACUCCUCAUCGGCAUCGUCGCUGUGCCCGCAACACAGGUUUUUAUUGAAUGAUUCACUUCUUCGAGGACGUAAGUACUAGUUUUGAUCCAGUUGAAUUGUUAAGUUUCCUAACUUUCUUUGCACAGAAGGACGAACGUAGUUUUGUAUGAUUGGAUUUCAAGUGGCGAUAAUGAGUAGACGCAUCAAAGAAUAAGAAAGACACACAUCAGAAUACACCAUAACAAAUCAUGAUGGAGUUGUUGUGAGGGCGGCGGCGGGGAGCACCAUCUCCGUGACCAGGAUCAUCAUGACCAUCCGCAACAAUGUUUCCAGUGUCGUGGAC